AUCAAAAUCCAUAACCAUGGCGAUACUCAAAGCUUUCUUCCUUUCUACUCUUCUCCUCGCCACUAUCUCCUUCACUCUUGCUCAAGUUCAUGAUGAGGAUCCUUCCCAGAUGUUGGAGCAAUGCCAACGACGCUGCCAGAUGGAGAUGCCGCGCGGCAUUCUACAGCAGCAGUGCCAGCAAGAAUGCAGAGAGCAGAUGGGAGGCUGCAGUGACUGUGGCAGAACCCCGUUCUCUCGAGAUUCUAUGCAGAAGUUUGAGCAGUGCAUGGAGAGUUGCCAAUCAAGGCAACACGGCCAGCAACAGCAGCAGCAAUGCCGCCACCAAUGCGGCCAACAGAUGAGCCAGCACGAGCGCCAACAAAUGUGCCAGCAGCGUUGUCACGGUGGGGAUUGGCAACAGCAGCAACGCUGCCAAAGAAGGUGCGAGAGCCAAUUUGAGCUGCAAGUAGAAGAACAAGUCAUUAACCCAUCAAGAGACAUGGAACAGCAAUUUGAGGAGUGCCAACAGAGCUGCCGAUAUAGACAACAGGGCCGCCAGCAAUGCACCCAGCAAUGUGCUCGACAAACUUGCCAGCAGCAUUGUCAGAGGCAACAAAUGGGUGAUUGGCGAUAUCAGCAACAGUGCCAACAAAGGUGCAUGCAACAGCUUGAGCAAGGAGAAAUAGACAUUGACAUGUAUUCAAGAGAUCCUGAGCAGAGAUUUGAUCAAUGCCAACAAAGCUGCCAAUAUCAGCAACAAGGCCAACAACAAUGUCAUCGACAAUGUGCACAACAGAUGUGUCGGCAGCGUUGCCAGAGGCAACAAGGUGGAGAUUGGCAACAACAACAGCAUUGCCAAAGAAGAGAUUUGAGCAAUGCCAACAAAGCUGCCAAUAUCGGCAAUAAGGCCAACAACAAUGUCGUCGACAAUGUGCCCAACAGAUGUGCCAACAACGUUGCCAAAGGGGAGAUUGGCGACAACAACAACAUUGCCAAAGAAGGUGUGAGCAACAACUACAACAAGAUCAAUAGGGUUGGAGCCUACCCUUAUCUUCAAUUUUGGACUUCGUAG